AUGACGUCAAUCUAUACCGAUCGCCCUCCGCAGCCAUUGGUAGACCACAAUAGAUGUGGGCGGAAUGGCUGCCCGUCGAACGUCAAACGCGGUAUGCAAUGCCACGCCUGCAAGGCCUGGUGGCAUUUCAAAUGCACGGGUUUACAGGACGACCAAAUAAGCCGACUAGCCAACUCUCCUGACCCGUUUGUCUGUGCCAGCUGCCUCUAUGUCAAGGGUGCAAUGCAUACCGCAGCGAAGAGAAGAGUCCCCCGAAACGGUACCCAAUCCCCAGUGCAGAUGCCGAAAGACCACUGCCAGUGUUCCGCUUUAAUCGGGAUACUCGACGCGAAAAUAGAGCGUCUUUCGAAGGCACUGGAGGACUCAGGCGCUAAGAAUGCAGCGACCUGGGCGAAAGUCGACAAGGAACUUUCCUCGCUGAACCAAUACCUCGCGAUGUCCAUACCGGGUCCCAUGGCUGAGAAGAAAGUCAUACAACUUUCUGACGCAGCUAUAAAAACCGCCACAGCGUCUCUAGUGGACAGACACCUAAUGGAAAUCAGACUAAUAAUCUGGGGGUCAUUCUCCGGAAAAAUCACGCCAGCAAAGCUGGCACAGUCGAUCCUCAGCAAGCCUGAUCAAUCGCUCCACGCAGAAUGGCUACGCCAAAAGGGAAGUCCCAGCUCUGGGACUGGCAGUUUUGCUCGUCCUGUAUCACACUCAGCUACAGCUUCUGUACGCCUGAGUUCAGUCACAACCGUAAACAAUUCGAAGUCUGUUUUCAAACACCGAAAGCCUGUCUACUUAGCCACCUUCAAUGUUCGCACACUGAAGUGGACAGGUCAACAGUCGGCCCUUGCGCGUACGCUGGAUUCCCUCUGUAUUAAUAUAUGUUGUCUGUCAGAAACAAGGACGCAGGACGCAAGUGCAGUGAUCGAACCGACUGCUCCUCGCUCUCUUCCAGGUUCCGGCUGCGCACCUCUGGUGAUGCAGAGGCCACUGCAGCUGGAUAUGUUGGGCUCUGAAUCUGCCAAGGAGAGUUUCUAUGACGCUCUAGGUGCUUUUCUACAGCAGGCUAAAAGCUCAGAUAUCGUUGUGGUUGCUGGUGGUAUGAACGCUCAGGUAGGUAGACUAAACGCUGCUGAGGCCCGCUUGGGUGGUUGUCUUUGCUGGGAUACGAGACGCACGGACAACGGAGACCGCUUACUUCAGAUGUAUGCCGAUCACAGACUGUUCCUUUGCAGUACGAAUUUCCGGAACAGCGGAAAUCGACAAACAACGUGGUGCCCACCAACAAACCAGCGCCGAAUCGAAGUAGACCACAUCGCCGUCAUUUAUCGGUGGCCAGCGUUGAUCACUACCUGUCUCUUCUUGUGGAACACCAGCGUGGACUCCGAGCAUGCACUUGUGCGCUGCUGCUUCUCGUUGCGCCUUUCAGGUGUACGCAAAUCGCGCACACCCCACUUAGCCAUUGAUAAGCUAGUGGACCCAGAAGUCAAACGAAACUAUCAGAAACAAGGAUGUCCACAUUCCCCAUUCUUGUUCAACUUCGUCAUCGAUGAAAUAAUGAGGCGAACACUGGACGGUCUUCGAAACCCCGGUGUUCAAAUUAUUGCUGGUAAGAGCCUUGUUGAUCUGCAGUACGCAGAUGACAUCGCCCUCAUCUUUGAAGACCAAAGCGAAGCACAAGCUCUGUUGAACAAACUGACCACCAUCAUACCAUCUUUUGGCAUACGCCUUGCACCUUCAAAGUGCAAAGUCCUGCUUCAGAACGUGCCAUCUGCGAACAUAUCUUUUGCAAUUCAAGGAGAAUCACUGGGAUCGAAAGAGCAACUCUACAACUCCUUGUGUUCAGAGGCUUGCAAAAUUGCCAACACUUUACUCGUGAAGGGCAGUAAUGCUGUAGACGCCGUUGCCGCAGCAGUGCAGUAUCUAGAAAACAGUGAUCUGACUAACGCUGGCUACGGUAGCAAUUUAACGCUCAACGGAUUGGUAGAGUGUGAUUCUGGUAUAAUGUGUGGAAGAACCAUGCGGUUUUCUGCCGUGGGUGCUGUAUCCGGUAUCCGGAAUCCAAUUUUACUAUCGCAUUUAUUAUUAAAGGAGCAGUUGAGAAACUCUGUUACGAGAUUGGGACGUGUUCAACCAACUUUACUGUCCGGAAGCGGAGCGGUCCAGUGGGCAGCGUUAAAAAAACCUGCACUAGUCGAACCGUACAACCUCGUUUCCCAUAAAUCUCGCACAGAAUGGAAAAAGUAUCGACGCUGGUUGUCAGAAGUUGAAUCAAAACCCACUGAACCCCCACCAAAGAGACUUUGCACUUCUCCACUAGACACUGUGGGUGCUGUCUGCAUAGACAAGAGAGGAAGCGUAGCAGCGGCAAUCUCCAGUGGUGGGAUAGCAUUAAAACAAGAAGGACGAAUUGGUCAGGCUAGCAUUUAUGGCUGUGGUUGCUGGGCUGAAGAAAGUCAACUCGGUAAAGUGGCUGUUGUCACAUCAGGUACUGGAGAGCAGCUCAUUCGGACACAAUUGGCACAGAAGGCAGCCGAACGUCUGUUAGCACCCUCCCCCACCCCCACCCCGGAAACUCUGCAGUCAGUUUUAACAACAGACUUUAUAGAUUCCCGGUUACUCGCGAAUGAGGAACACAAGUUUGCUGGUAUUGCCGGUAUCUAUUGCUCUGAUGCAGACUCUGGGAGCAUCGAGAUGUCUAAGCGGGGGAAUCGUGAUGAUUCGCUUGACCCGCACAAUGACCUCUCCGGGGAUGAUUCACAAUCAUCAAGCAUGCUCGCCACCAGGAAACGCCGCCGUUUAGCCAAUGCGUCACAAGAUCAUGGGUUUUCUUUUACCACCAGAUCCAAUCCUGAAUACUACGAGGCGGUUAAGGAACCAAUCGACCUAGCUCGGAUACAGGCCAAAAUAAAAUCUGAAGAGUAUGAGAAUGUGGACAACAUGGCUGUUGAUAUAUAUCUCCUGGUGGCAAACACCAAGGCCUUCUAUCCUGCUUCCACCGCGGAGUUCGCGAAAGCGGUAGAACUUCAAGAAGUGUUUGACAGGGAGCGUCAAAAAGUGCAAGCCUUAGCAGCCGCCAGUGCUGCGUCCAGCACCAGUUCAGCUAGUAGCCGCGUUGUUCGGCGUGCCAGUAGAGGUCGGGUGAGGAAACGAGAAGAGCUGGAUGAUGACGAACUGGAAUCUGCCUCUGUCACAGCCUCAGAAGAUUCGCGAAUUGCGCCUUCAGAGACCAGCAUGACAAAUUUCACAACGUCCAGUCAGAAGAGCCUUAGUGGAUCGCUCGACAGUCCGUACGAUCUGUUAUUUUCCUCGAUUGUGAAAUAUACUGGUGAUGAUGGCAGAGCGCUGGCUCCGACAUUUACCUACCUUCCUUCGAAAGAGAUAUACCCAGUCUAUUAUGCAGUUAUCAAGGAACCGAUAGACUUACGUAUGAUCGCACAACGUAUACUCUCUGGCAGCUACUCUGCAAUGGAUGAACUAGAGAAAGAUUUCGCCCUCAUGGCGCGGAACGCCAAGACGUUCAAUGAACCAAAGUCACUAGUUUACCAGGAUGCCGUUACGCUGAUGCGAAUAUUGAAAGGCAAGAGAAGCGAAGCUGAACACCCUCCAGUUCGAACUAAUCGGGAACGUGGAAAGCGGGCAUCUCGACUAAACUAUAAUCCUCGCGAUAUCGUCGAAGAGUUCGCCUCUCUUCCUCCUGAGGCCAGUAUCAAAAAUGAGAGUAGCCAACUGGACAAAUCUGAAGAUUCGGAGGCUGAAGUACCCAGCAGCUCGGCAGCUGAGGACGAGGAUGAUACACGAGCCACUGGGAACACCUCCCAGAGUUGCUCAUCCAUUGCCUCAACACCAGGUAAACGCAAACGUGGUCGACCGCCGAAAAAUCCACGACUGUCUGGUCUGUCUAGCCCCAGUUUACCGAGAGAUUCACUUAGCAGUCCUCCUCCCUCGAGAAGCCCGCCGCUCUCGCCGUCUCCUACUCGAAGUGUCAUUGAUACUUCCACAAGUAGUCAGGCACCAAACAUACCAUCAAUUUCUAUGGUCGGACACUCAGCUGGAGUUUCACGGUAUCGAGUGGGCACUGUCCGCUGGCGUCAGGCGCAGGUUUUGCAGGCCGUCCUUGAUGCUCGAAACGAGGCUGGUCAGUUGAUCUGCAAUCCGUUUCUUCGACUUCCGUCCAAAAAAAUGUAUCCGGAUUAUUACAAAGAGAUAGCCAACCCACUCAGUCUUGUGGAUAUCAAGAAGAAACUAAAGCAAAAUGAACACUCGUCCUUAGAGUCCUUCAUCAGUGACUUGGAUACUGUCUUCAAAAACGCCCAACAGUAUAACGUAGAAGACAGUCAAAUCUACCGUGAUUCGUGUACGCUGCAGCAGAUUGCACACGCGCGCUUCCAAGAGAUGCUAAACUACCAGACUGCUUCGCCCUGUUCAACGACUAGUGUGGUUGACAGGUCACCCGGAGCACAGGGUGUGGAGGCUCAUCACGCAGGCUUUCAGAGUACUCCUUUAAAGCGAUCUUAUAGACGCCCGCUUACCGCCGAGGAAGCGAAAGUCAGACGGUUGCGCAAUCUGUUCAACACUGUUUUCAAUUACGUCGCGGAGGAUGGCCAUCGCCCCCGUGAUGUUUUCUUGGAGCUCCCAUCUAAAGAAGAUUACCCCGACUAUUACAAGGUCAUACCUGAGCCAAUCGAUCUAGGGAUUAUCCGGCGCAAAAUGGAGCAGAAUGAGUACAAUACCCACCAGGAAAUGGUCGCUGAUUUACGUCUCAUGUUUAAUAAUGCCCGUCAUUAUAACGAAGAAGGGUCGGGUGUUUAUCAAGAUGCGGUCACGCUGAACAAGGUGGUCACAAAGCGUCUGAAGAGUUUUGGUCCGUACCAAGGAAAUAUUCGCAAACGAGAUUUUGUGGCCGGAAAUAAUCGUUCUGGACGCGCACCCGCUGGUGCUUUCAGUGGCUCUCCGCAAGCUGUUGGUCCGGCUGGCGAUAGCUAUCGCGUUCCUAUCAACGUUGUCGCUCCACCAAAUACGGGUCCUCCUGGUUUGCAAUCACAUCUGCAAUCCCAACCUGGUGUACCUCUUCUGCAGCGCGUGAUACUUGAGCUUUUCCAAACAGUUCGUGAGUACCAGGUCAACGGUCGUCAACUGUCAGCACCGUUCAUGCGACUACCAACGCGGGCCGAACUGCCGACCUACUAUGAAUUCAUCAAAAAACCUAUCGAAUUACAAACAAUCGCCAAACAGUUGAUCCAGAUGCGCUACACAGACUUCGAAGAGUUUACUGCCGAUCUGUUCCUCAUGUUUGACAAUGCGUGCAAAUUCAACGAACCGGAUUCGCAGAUUUACGCUGAUACGCUUAUUCUUCAUCGCGUUUGUCUUGCCAAACGUACAAUGCUGCUAAACACUUUUGCUAGUCACUUGGGGAUUCCACCUUCUGUAGCUCCCGAUGUGGGAACAGGGAUUCGUCGUCUUCUAACCAACAUGCAUAAUGCGAUGCUUACUGCGUGUGACACAGAUGGCCGCGGAUUAGUCGAUUCUCUAAUCGCCGGAGACGGAACAGAGACAACAUUAACUUCUGCCACGGCUGCACGUCUGGCUGCCCUACAUCGUGCUGUGGCUGCUGGAUCCUACCGACGACUUGACCGUCUUCAGGGUGACUGGUUAAGAAUACUGAAACGCGCGAGAAUUGGUGAAGGCGAAGAGCAACCAAAAGAAGUUCGGAACCCGCUUCCGACUUUCCAGCAACGCCAAGAUGCUGCUGAGCUAGCUCGACGUUGGGUGCGCCUGCGUGAUGAGCUUUGCCAUAGACAGCAGCGUCGACCAGUCAAUUUCCCCUUUAGUUCAUCCCCACAAGCUUCUAGUGGAAAUGAUACAGGCUCUGCUCUUCCAUCUCACGUUGCUUUAUUGAGUCAGGCAAUGUCGUAUACGGCAGCGUCUCUUGAUCGAGAACUGUUGGACGAGGAGGAAUCGCAUGGAUCAACUCUGUGUGGGAGUGAUUGUGAAGAAGGCGCAUUGUCUGAACUCGACCCUGGAGAAGUGGAAGUCCAGGACAUUACGGUUUCCAACCGUAGUUAUCAUGUUGGUGAUUACGUCUACGUGGAGCCGCUACGUCCCAACGCCAUUCAGUGUCAUAUUGGCCGCAUUAUCCGAAUAACGCAGAGUUCCGUUCCUCAAACGAAAGUAGAAUCACCAAAAGAGCCCACCCCUCAUAAUGAAGAUGCGGACGGUGCACCGGUCAAUCAGGAGACAGGGGCAUCGGCAGACCCUCCUACUGAACUCAAAACGAGCGUGCAUGUUGCGUGGUACUGGCGUCCAUCGGAGGCCCAUCCAUCACGUCGAAGGCGACUGCUUCCGGCUGAGGUUUUCCGGACGUCCCUGACGGAAGCUGUUUCUACAGACAAGCUUAUAGGACAUUGUCUGGUCUUAUCGAUAUCGCAGUUCAUCCGGUUCCGUCCUAAGAAUUGGUCUACUCCCACUCCCGUCGGAAUUGAGCUUGAACAACGUCCCGUUCCGUUCAUUCCGACACGUCUGCCUCCAAAUGAGCCUCUCGAGAAUGCAUUGGAGCAAGUAGACACAACGCUUUUCAAGGAUAUGGUCUAUCCGCUACCGCGAACUUACGAGUCAAUCAUACUUCAAGAUCUGUCAGAAACGGAAGGCAAUAUUAUUUACGAACAAUAUGUUCAUCAGAAUGGCUUCUUAGUCAAACUUGGUGACUUCUUGUACGUACCUGCGGCUGUUGACUCCACUGAACGACAUAUUGUUCGAGUGGAUAAGCUGUGGAAGUCUGUUACGCAGAAUAUGAUAUUCUUUUCCGGACCCUGGUUUAUUGCUCCGACGGCGGUUGAGCAUUUACCAACACGUGUGUUCUACCCUAAAGAAGUGUUCCUUACUAGUGCCGAGCACGCAACGCACGCGCUUGCUUCAGCCACUGGAAAGUGUUUUGUAAUGCGUCCCGUCGACUAUUGCCAAGCGCGCCCCACCGAAUUCAACGAUCACGACGUGUACUUGUGCGACUCAAAGUACUUCGAAGACGAAAGAGUUAUACGGAAAUUGAAAAAAGGCCUCAAGUUAUCUCCAGAUGCCUUUGACGACGAAUUCUUCUUUUUCCCACAACCAAUCUGCCCACGAAAAGAAGCUUCGCCGCUUCUGGCUAAGGCGUCUACGGAACCUCUUAGUCAGGAACAGCUUAAUCGACCUGCUUCAACCGCUCUGACAUGCGCCGUCGCUGCCGCUUCUGGAAACCCUACACCUGUUUUGACAAACGCACCACCUUCAGUCGUAAUGCCAGAUGCUGCCAAAUUGCUCGGAGAUGGUUUGAGUAGAACGGGGUCCCCAGACCCGGCUUCUUUCAAUAGAGCACAGCCGGGGCUCUCUCCUGCUGUGCAAGCAAAUGAAGCAGAUGAGGACACCAGUUUCUAUGAAGGCUCGGAAAGGUCUCGUAAAAAGCGAAAGCUGCGAAAGCCCCCUUCUGGGUAUGUGCUUUAUGCUGGUGAAGUUCGCAAGCGUUUGUUGCAAGAACGUCGUGACGCACCAUUUGGAGAGAUCUCGCGUGAAGUGGGACAAAUGUGGAGGCAAAUGUCCACUGCACAGCGAGAUUUAUACGAGCGCAAGGCCAAACUGAUUAAACGACGAAUGGAGGAGGAACAGGAACGUGCCCAGGCUCAGGAACAAGAACGUGCUCAGUUGCAAUUACAACAGCAAUUGGCUGCUGCAAAAGCUGUUAUGCCGCAGGAUUCGAAACAAAAUGUUCCUGUCGGCCAGCCCCGAACAAUGCCUCCUCUCAUUGGCUCCCCUGUUUCGAUACCAUCCCAAGUUGUUCCAGGGACUCCUGGCCCCGGUCUACCAACACCAGGUCACAUCUCGGUCCCAGGUGUGUCUGCAUCUGCUACUCCAGGUGCUACUAUGCAGUUCUACCAAACCCCAUCAGGACAGGUAAUUCAAAUUGUUCACACCCAAUCGGCUACAACAAAUGCAGCUGUUCCGCCUGCAAUUCAAAAUCCUCACAUCCCGGCUGCUACUGCCACUCCUACCUACAGUCAGCCUGGUUUUGGCCCUGUUUCAGCGCUGUCUUCUGCCUGUCAAGUACCAGCCGGAACUCAUCAUGUGGUCUACCAGCUACCUGGUCAACCGGGCACGAUGGUCCCUGCAGUUUCACUCAGUUCUGCUGGGCCACAGGCGGCGUACUAUCACCCUUCUGUGCCUCACCCACACCAGCAGCAGCGCAUACUAGUGGCAUCCACAGUUGGUCCAGUCACUCCCGGUGCCGUCACAGCUGUCGUCAGUUCCAUAGCGAGCCAUCUUCCGAACACCUCUUUUCCAGGUGUUCCGACAACUCCACAUGGUACCCAAAUACUCUUGGCCACUUCAAACACAGGGGCCCAUUCCUCAUCUGUGGGCUCUGUUACAGCACAAUCACUACAAGCUCCCUCGAACGUCUCCGUUGUGAACCCGGUGUCGUGCGGCCCUCGAGCUUUACAUCCACUGCCAUCCGGUGCCACUGAGUUCAUGGGACAACAACAACAGCAAUUUCACAUGGUUCAGCAAGCCGGCGGUUCUCACCAGCAGGUGGUAACAAACACCAUGACAGGCUCUUUGGCAGUCACUCCAACCCCAGGACACGUGAACCAAGCCAUGGCUUCAUUGCCUUCAAAUGUACCUGGUGUCGGACACGUUGGUACCGGUCAUCCGCCAUCGCAACAACAGCAUUUACGCCCGCCCUCACCGAUUUUCGUCUCAACGCCCCCGCGAACUUCCCGUGUAUUGCAUUCUGAGAUUUAUCAACGUUCGAAUCCGACCUCCGCCUCUCGACUUCCCCUGUCUACGCUUGGGCAACCUGGCAGUAUCCCGGCCCUCGUGCUUCCUUCGGGUGGCAUGGCAGCUAGGCACCGGAAGGGUGCUACAGCUGAACAACGCUGCUUGGACAUAGUACCGGCGUCCUUCAUGAUCACAAACCUAAGUUGUGGUCGUGAGGGUAUGCUGGCCGCUGCCAUUGGUAUAAAAUCUCGUCUACCUAAACUUUGUCCUCAAACACCUGGAUUUCUGUGGCCUGAACCGCAUCCGGAGAUGCGAGUUCCCUCAAAAGAUUCGUUGUUAGUUGGAAAACUGUCAACAGGUUUCACGGUGGUUGCAGCCUCCAGCUUCGUUUGCCGAUGGUCUAAGGGGAUAUGGAUGGAUAGCUACGCAUUGAAGGCAGUAGUCACCCCGGUUAACGCAUUAAUCAAGGAGCAACAGUGGGAUUUUCAGUCAAAAGAUUCGGAGGGUGAGGCAGGCAGUGGAGAUAGCGGCUUGAUGUAUUUGCGUUAUUAA